AUGAGAGAUCAAUCAAGCGAGUAUAGACAAGCACUAUUUUCAGGGUUGAAACACAUUGUUUGCUUAUGCGUUUUCAACUUUUGUGAAUGCAGUCAAUACGAAGAGAUAGCUGAUGCUGGAGGUGGUUAUAAACAGUUUCGUGUAACUGCUCUAGUUUUGUUCAUUCUUCUAUUCGAGUGGACAGACCACGUGACAGCUGGUGAUUGCGGUAUAGCUGAAUUAACUUGCCGAGAUGGGCAUUGUGUACCGAUUGACGCGUACUGCAAUGGACAAGAUGAUUGCGGAGAUAACAGUGACGAGCCGGCGAUGUGUACACCCUGUAAUCGUACGUAUCACGGACGCGAAGGACAUACAUACAAAUUGGAUCUUCCGAAACUUUUGGAAGAACGUCUGCCAUUCCUUUGUCAUUUAACAUUCACCGCUGCUGGUCAGGGAUAUGGUGAAUUGGUACAAUUGCUAUGGGAUGCAUUUAGUGUAGGCAGAGUAGAUCCAGACACUGAUAGCUUUGCUACAAGUUGCCCAGAAGGAUCAUUGCAACUAGCUGAAUUAGGUAGACAUUUCACUGGAGGUUCUUGGUGUGGAGUGGGAGAAGGGAAAGCAUCUUAUUAUAGUGAAACCAGUACUGUCACAGCAUCUAUUCGACUCUUUCAUGCACCUUCUAGUGUACCAUUUGAAUUUCGCUUAAGAUAUAGAUUUGUGGCACGAAAUGAAGCUGUUGCUAGAUUAGGGAAACCAGAGCUUCCAAUUGAAAGAGGCUCUCCAGUGCCAGGUACUUAUUGUUCUAGGAAUUUUUAUGAAUGUCACUUAAAGCAAUGUAGAUUACAGAGUCCAAACUAUCCUGGGGAAUAUCCAAGAAAUGCAAGCUGCUUAAUAACUAUAAAACAGAAAGAAGUGCCCACCUGUAAGCAUGCCAUGAUUUCUGUGAAAUCUACACCAACUGAUCCAGUUGGAAUAACCACAGCCAAUAGUACUUUAAGUGUGUGGCAAGAUUGUCCACCAGAGAAAGAUCAACUUAUCUUUCAAGAUGGUAUCCGGCCAGAAGAUCCAAUUUUGUUGGUUUAUUGUGGUGGCUCAUUACCUAGAAUCACUGCCAGAGGUCCAACAAUGCAAGUGGAAUUUCGAAGUUCCCCAAUAGCCAUUCCCCUUGGUGCUUCUGCAUUGAGGCUGGAACUGGAAAUUCAAGUGGUUUAUGUUGACUCUGAUGGGCUUGAUUAUGCAAAAGGCUUUCAGGGUUGCCAUUUUUUUGUAAAUGGUACUAGUAAGAGAAGUGGUAUACUAAGGGCACCACUUCAUGCACUGCCACCAAAUUCCAGUUGCACUUGGAAUAUCAAAGGAUCUGCUGGUGAUAGAGUGUGGAUUUAUUUUUCUUCAUACUCACAAAGGGACUUAACAGAUAGCGUUGAAAAUAAUGCUAGUUCACAAUCGGAUAUACCAUGUGCAAUAAAACUCAUAUUCUGGGAUGGUACACCAUAUACUGGACUUCCAAUGGCUACACUUUGUGAUGACACACCCAAGCUGUGUGCACAUGCAGCUUUGAGGAAUGUCACUAGAAGUACAAGACCUUGUACAAAAGAUGAAAGUUAUAUCACAGUCGCACCAUCUUUAACUUUACGUAUGGAGACAUUGUUGGGUACUGCACUUCAUACAGUUAACUUUAAUGCACAGUACGAGUUUAUUUCGACUAUUCAAGUUGGUGAACCCUGGGGAGAUGGAGUUUGCAGUAGAGUUUGGCGCAAAGUUCAAAGUGGUGAAGUAACAUCGCCUCGUGAUGUUCGUCUUUUUGGAAGGGGUGGAUCCCCAAGAUUAGAUUGCAAAUAUCGUAUUGAAGCUGGUGCAGAUGAAAGAGUGCGAUUGACAUUACACAACAUCAGUUUAGGCGAGUCUACACUUUGUACGAGCGAGCCAGAUCCUCAUACCGGUCGACCACGUUGUGUUCAAGAAGUGGGUUCCAGGGAAGCUCGUUUAAUAUUGUACGAAGCACCCUGGCGGGAUGUAAAACUUCCAAGAGCUUGUCUAUGUGAUAAUACAUCUCAUCUUCCAUUGACACAUGUUUCUUCGAGCAGAGCUUUGGAAAUCACUUUUUUGGUUGACCAACAAGCUCCUCAUGAAGAUUUUGAAACACUUUUCUUUUAUGCUAGCUUUGAACUUGUACGGACACCUGAAUGCCCUAGAAAACAGAGAGUACGUGGAGAAGGUGGCGAAUUACGAUUUGUGGCUCCACCAUUAUCAAGACCAGAUAUUUAUUGUGAAGGUCUUCCUUGGUUGGUGGAAGCACGUGAAAAUAGAUCACUGUUUGUUUUAACUUGGGGCUGGUUUCUUCCUCUUGAACCACCUCCGGUAUCCGAAAUGAACGAGCAAGCCAAAUGCCCGACCACCAACAGAAUUCUCCUUUAUUCUGGUUGGCCACCAAAACUCCUAAAAGUAGUAUGUCCCGCAGAACCCGGUACAAGAGAGUUUACUCUUCAUGUUUUCUCCGAGGAGUGGUUAGGAGGAACCGGGGAGGGUAAAUGGCCGGGUCCACCACGACCUCCUGCGCUUCUUUUGGACUUCGUCGCGAGAGAACCUGGCCAGGCUGCAGCCUCCUGGCUUGAAAUUUCAAAAAGCAGAGCUGCAUUGCGUAGGCAAUUACGUUUACCUGAGAGGGGGGUAGAAAACGAAACAUUAACUCAUGGAGACUGUCCUCAUAAAUGUCCUGAAUUAAGUGCUUGUAUUGCUGCAAGUCUUUGGUGCGAUGGAAGACCUCAUUGUCCGUCUGGACACGAUGAAGCGAAUUGUGGUAAUGGUGCGAAAUUGCUUGGAUUACUUCCUUCAGAAAUGUGGCUUGUAUUAGCUGGUGUAGCUGGAAUUAUUGCUGCCUUUGCCUGUUUCUUUGUUGUGCUGAUUAGUAGGUCAAAAGCACGUACAAAAAGAUUUCACUAUAAGGGUACAAAGAAAAGCAAUAGGCCAAGGCGAGCACCAACAACGGAAACAUUACUUGGAGCAGCAUCCUGACAACAGCAACCCGGUUUCGUGGAAUAUAUCCACGUGGACCGGGAAACAACCGUUUAGCAAUAUUUCUCUGUGCUUUACCGUCCACUAACUUAACACUAUCC